AUAGCGGCCUUUCAUAGAGCCUUGGGCGGCGACCCGUAGUUGUUUCAAUAGGAAAGGAGUGUUUUCGUGAGGUUCUAAGCGGGCAAGGUCGCCUGAGAAGAACCCUUUUGUGAGAAGGGGUGGCAGCGGCCAUAGCCAUGAGUGGGUCCUUUUGCCGGUUGCCCGCAGCCCUGCGGCUGUUGGGAGGGCCGCGGCCGUUGGGCUUUUUUGUGCGGCCGUUAAGCCAGGCUGGAGCAGGUGGUGGCGAGGGUGGCGCUCCCAGCAGCGCUUCGAAGGAGGCGGUGGAGCGGCUGGUGCGUGCCCACCCGGUGGUGGUCUUCAUGAAGGGCAGCCCGGCGCAGCCCCAGUGCGGCUUCAGCAACGCGGUGGUGCAGAUCCUGCGCCUGCAUGGCGUCAGCGACUACCGCGCCCACGACGUCCUCCAGGACCCCGAUCUCCGGCAAGGAAUUAAAAACUAUUCCAACUGGCCUACUAUUCCUCAAGUCUUCCUGAAUGGUGAAUUUGUGGGAGGCUGCGACAUACUUCUCCAGAUGCAUCAAAGUGGGGACCUGGUGGAGGAGCUUAAGAAAUUAGGGAUUCGCUCUGCGCUUCUGGAUUCGGAGAAAGACCAUGGCAAAAAAUAAGCAACUGUUUGCUGUGACUUUGAGAAAGACAGCUUUGAUAAUUUGGUACCAGAAAAGCCUUAUAUAAUUUAGCUCAAAAAGGCAACUUUUUAAACUAACAAUGAGGUUUAUCACUAAGCAUUCUGUUACCUGCUGUACAAUAUGAUAGGCUGAUGUGUGAAUAUUCUGUCAUGACCUUUUUUAUAAGCACAGCGUUGUAAAUCAAAUGUUUUGCAAUCAAAGUAAAUAAGCAGUUCACCUCUGUUUUUAACUACUUUGUGUGCAUUUUGCUUGAGUCACCAAAAAUUAGAAGACCUUUUUUUUGGGGGGGGGGGUGCUUCCAUACUAGCUGAUAUUCAUAUGAUGCCAUCAUUCAGUUGUGGUUUUGCUGUGUUUUCUUUGUGGUUAUUCCAUAUUUUCCCCAACUGCGAAUAUAUGAAAGGGGAAAAAAGAACUGUGCUAGUUGUGCAGGUGUAGUUGGCCCUAGUACUACCCUUUCUUCUUCUUGGAGGUGGAAUUUUGAAUUGCACAGUGGCUAUUUUUAAAUUGGUGUUAAUGCACCAAUCUGAAAUUAUGCAGAUUAAGAAAACUCAGAGAAAAGGAAAUGACAAGCAUUUAAGGAUGGAGUGGGGGGGGGGAGGUUAAGAAACUAUUUCCUGAAAAAACUCCAGGAGACAAUGAAACAAAUUAAAAUGAAUUGAUCAAUUAAAUUUAAAGUGGUUGCUUUGGGAGAAGUAGGAGAAGAGGAAGCAACUGUUAAAUCUGAAAGCAUUUUAGGAGAGAGGGAGUAAAACUUAUGUCCAGCGUGUCAAAUUCAACAAAGGUGCCUCUGCUUAUACCUUUGUCUUGAAAAAGACUGGGGAAAUAGAGACAGGUUGAAUUAAGCAAGCUCAGGGUCAUUUGCUACCCGUCUACUGUAAGACUUUCCCAACAGUGUGUCUCUCUCUGGCCUGCCGAAUCUCAAAAUGCUAGCACUCGGGAAAACUUCGUUAAGAAGUGGGAAUUACUUCUGAGUAAAUUUGUGAAGAACGGUCUGGCUGUUUCUCCCCCAUUGCAAAGGUUAUUGGACAGGAAGAAAAGAGCUGAAGCUAGCAGAAAAAGAAAAAACAGGGGUCUUUAAAUGUCCCUUAGAGGACAUCUGAGUAAUCAAGCAAUUGUUCUUUAAUUAGCACUAUAAUGGCAGGAACUGCUUUUAAAAAUCUCAUUGGGGGAGGAAGUGUUGAGAAAUAGUUGCCUUUGCUGGAUGUGAAUUGUACUCUGCUGUACUCAUGUAGCUAUGGUACAUUCACUAGUGUGGACAGAACAUAGCUGGAUGUUUGUUCCAAAAAGGCACAGUACCUCCUGCAGUGUGGAAAGCCAAUUGCAAUUCUGCUUGUAACUAAUAACAGUAAAGGAGUGAUUGGGUAGGUCUAGGAUCUGUCCAUUUGGAAGCAUCCCUGGAUCAUCUUUAUAUCUUGCAAAUUGUGUUCUGUGUGUAAAUAUAAUGUUUGGGUUUACUUUGCUUUUUAGUGAAAGAUGGAGGAAGUAAAUAUCUUUAUUUUACUUAUGUGAGGUUUAAGAACCCAAUUGUCCAUAUUUAUGGAUACAUAUUAAAGAGUGCGGUAAACUACAUUUAAAAUGUUGAUUUCUUAGCUUGAAAACAAAUAGCACAGAAGUCAUGAUUAUUGUUAACAAGUCUGUUACUGGGUUUUGGGAAACAGUGAGAAGUUUGGAUUAAAAGUUAGACAGCAAUUUAUACCUCUGUCCCAAAGUCUGCCUCAAUUAAUAGUCUAUAAUCAGUGCUUUAUAUAUGAACUUUUUUGUUUGAUGGCUCCAAAUGGAGCAUGAUAUUUUUGGUAUCGCAAACAAUUUCUUGCUAUUAUAAAUUUUUAUAUAAGUGUACAAAUCACUUGGGAUACUCUCUUGAAACCAAUUAUCAGGUGUGUAACAUUUUGAAUUUUUUGUCAAAAGUUAUGCCAUGGACAUGUUUUCAAAACCAGAGGUAAUUCCUGCUUCAUUGAAGAAUACUAUCUUGAAGAUGAAAUGAGAAAAUAAAAUUGCUUCAUGUUU